CUCCUCUCAACCCCUCUAUUGAAAGGUUUGUAAUGGCCGAACGAGUCGCACACCCAGGGCCUCAGGAUCGUUCGGUGUUAUUUAUGCUACCCGAUGAGCAUCGUGCCAAUCGUGUGUGGCAUGAAUCAUCAUUUCGUGACGUCAAACUGAAAUGCCAUCACUAUUCGAGAGAAGCCUACGUUGAGGAGGGUCCGCGUCAUCCUGAGGUGGUACAGUUGCUCAGAGUAUCGGGGUUUCAUGGUGUGGAGAGAAUAGGACAAUUGCAGUCAGGGGUGGAGACAGGGAGGGGCUGGAGGUGGCCACGGCCCCUGCAAGGAAAAAAAUUCUUGAGUAUAUAUAUUAUAUAUAAAUACUUUUAAUAUGUAAAAAGUGUUGAUAUUUUAAACUUUGGCCUCUGCAAUGUAAAAUUGUUAAGGACCGGCCCCUUUAACCUUAAAUGUCUGGCUCCGCCACUGAUUGCAGUUAGAUUGGUCUCUUGUGACUGCGUUAGUGGAGAGGUUGAGACCCGAGGUACAUGCAUUUCAUUUGCCCUUUGGUGAGGUAGGAUUGACCUUGC